CUUCUCCUUCGUCUCUCCUUCAUAACACCAUUAUUAAUGGUUUAAUGUGUGCUGUGCAGUUUUAUACUAAAUAAUACUCAUGAAUGCAUUGAAGAAGGCGCAGUGACCAGUGAGAGAGAGAGAGAGAGAGAGAAGAAAGAAAAAAAGAGAAGUUGAGGAAACAAUAAAAAUCAAGUUUUUCAAGCAUGGCUUCACGUGAUGACAUCUUCCUCGACCAAGAACUUCGAGAAAAGAUACUUCCAAACUGAAGUGAGAGAGAGAUUUUUAAUAUUUCUCCUACCUCAUGCUCACAACCAGACCAGUUCUUUCCGCCAUUAAUGAGCAGAGCUCUCUCUCUCACUUUCUUCUUCUUUCUUCUUUUGAACUUUUCCUUUUUUGCUUCGAUCGAGAUGCUUUAGCAUAAUGGGGCAGAUCUGGAUAGUGACUCAUAAUGGAAAGUGAUGGCUUUGAAGAGAUUCAUGGGAAGCUUUUAAAUAUGGAAACUUCGAUUUCGAACUGUAUCAAUCAUUUCUGAUUCUCUUCUGAGAGCUUGAGGAGAACAGUCACUCACUAUUCGAUUUGAUUAUAAUGGCUUACUCUUCCUCUUCUUCGAUUACGUUGUUGUUCCUAGUAGUCUUUGCAUUUACGGUACUCUCCUGUUUCGUUGCUCCGGCGAGAUCUAGCGACGUCCAAGCUUUACUCACCUUGAAAUCUUCAAUCGAUCCGUCUAAUUCGAUUCCAUGGCGAGGAACAGAUCUCUGCAACUGGCAAGGUGUUAGAGAAUGUAUGGAUGGGAGAGUCUCCAAGCUCGUUCUUGAGUUUUUGAAUCUCACUGGCUCACUCGACGACAAGAGUUUGAACCAAUUGGAUCAACUCAGGGUUCUUAGUUUCAAGGCUAACUCUCUCUCCGGCUCAAUCCCUAAUCUCUCUGGCUUAGUCAAUCUCAAAUCGGUUUUUCUCAACGAUAACAACUUCUCCGGCGGGUUCCCGGAGUCUCUCACGUCUCUUCACCGAUUGAAAACCAUUUUCCUCUCCGGAAACAGAUUAUCCGGUCGAAUCCCUAGCUCGCUGCUUCGUCUCUCUCGACUCUACACGCUCAAUGUUCAGGACAAUCUCUUUCAUGGUCCAAUCCCUCCUCUUAACCAGACGAGUCUAAGAUUCUUCAAUGUAUCUAACAAUCAGCUCUCUGGUAAAAUCCCACCGACACGAGCUCUGAAGCAGUUCGAUGAGUCUUCGUUUGCCGGAAAUGUCGCUCUUUGCGGCGAUCAGAUUCAAACUCCAUGCGAAAUACCGCCUGCGCCUUCUGCGAAACCAACGCCUACAUCUAAGUCCAAGAAGAAGAAUGCAAAGCUUAUCGGAAUUAUAGCCGGAAGUGUAGUCGGCGGAGUACUAAUCCUCAUCUUCCUGUUGACGUUGCUUAUUGUUUGCUGGCGACGGAAGCCACAGAGCCAAGCGCCGAGGGAAGAUAGAAAAGGUAAAGGAAUAGCUGAACCAGAAGGAGCUACAUCUGCAGAGACAGAGAGAGACAUUGAGAGAAAAGACAGAGGAUUCUCAUGGGAAAGAGGCGAAGAAGGAGCAGUGGGAACUCUUGUUUUCCUCGGAACAAGUGAUUCAGGCGAGACGGUGGUGAGAUACACCAUGGAAGAUCUGCUAAAAGCUUCGGCAGAGACGCUGGGAAGAGGAACAUUAGGGAGCACUUACAAGGCUGUGAUGGAGUCUGGGUUCAUCGUUACUGUGAAGAGGCUCAAGAACGCGAGGUAUCCUCGCAUGGAGGAAUUCAAGAGACAUGUUGAGAUCCUGGGACAGCUCAAACACCCAAAUCUGGUGCCUCUCAGAGCCUAUUUCCAAGCCAAAGAAGAACGCUUGCUCGUGUACGAUUACUUCCCCAAUGGCAGUCUCUUCACUCUCAUCCACGGAACUAGGGCUUCUGGAAGUGGGAAACCUCUUCACUGGACUUCAUGCCUGAAAAUAGCCGAGGACUUGGCCUCCGCUCUGCUCUACAUUCAUCAGAAUCCUGGCCUGACUCAUGGUAACUUGAAAUCGUCCAAUGUCUUGUUAGGUCCUGAUUUCGAGUCUUGCCUCACGGAUUACGGCCUCAGCACUCUCCAUGACCCUGACUCGGUUGAAGAAACAAGCGCAGUCUCUCUCUUUUACAAAGCACCAGAGUGCAGAGACCCAAGAAAAGCCUCUACACAGCCCUCUGAUGUCUAUAGCUUCGGGGUUCUUCUUCUUGAGCUUCUAACAGGUAGAACACCAUUCCAGGACCUUGUUCAAGAAUACGGGUCAGAUAUCUCUAGAUGGGUGCGUGCUGUGAGAGAGGAAGAGACUGAAUCAGGCGAGGAACCGACUUCUUCAGGCAACGAAGCAUCAGAGGAGAAACUUCAGGCACUUUUAAGUAUUGCAACGGUUUGCGUUACCAUUCAGCCCGAAAACCGGCCUGUGAUGAGAGAGGUGUUGAAAAUGGUGAGGGAUGCAAGGGCCGAAGCACCAUUCUCAUCUAACAGUAGCGAACAUUCACCUGGGAGAUGGUCGGAUACAGUUCAGAGCUUGCCAAGGGAUGAUCAAGUGAGCAUUUAGAGAAAAUGGCUGGGCCUUCUUCAUUGCUUUCGUAGAAUGACUCGUGUGAUUCUUGAAGUAGGGUUCAUAGUGUAAAGCUUCUUUUUCUUUUGUAACGCCAUUUUGAUUCAUCGACCUUGUAGGACUUGCAUAAGAUAUGUUGAGUUGGUCACUUUGAAAUGUGGCCAUUGAGUAAUUGAAAGAACAGAAGAAUCUUUUUUCA